GACAAGGCAAAAAUGGAGAAAUACAGGCAAGACUUUGGAUUCUACAGUUACAAAGAACCAUUGUCAGACGCUGCUGGAAAAAUUAUGACCGCUCUACAGUAUAAUCCUCCAAACACCAUGAAUCCAGUAUGGGAUGAAGAUGUUAUCUGGGAAAAAGUGCUUUGUCAGGAUGUUAAUUCAGACACAAAAAACAAGGCGAAUGUUCAUGCAGUUACCUUUCAUCCAAAGAAUCAGCCUCCAUCGGGUUCAUCUGUUGAUCAGGAAAUGGUACAAUGUUCUUUACAGGGGCAGUGCCAUCUUAAGGAAUGGCCUGUUGAUUUGAUAGGGAGGAAUUUGAAAGCUAUUACUGAUAUUCCUGAAACGUUCAGCCAUGAUAAUGCUGUUACCAAAGUGUAUGGGAAAAAUAAUAAGGAUAAAGCUGCCAUAUCUCUUGCUGCACCUUCGGUUUGUACCAACUCAACUAAAGUGAAAUAUGUCCGAGAACACCAAGAACAAGCAGCAUGUGCCUUUCCUCUGCAGAAAAGCCCUGUCAGUGAAGACAUAAGUCAUACCUUGGGCUGUGCAACCAGAAAAGUAAAGCAGGAUUCAUUUUUUGAACAACAAUCCUUUUCGGAACAUGGGGAUGUGAAAAUAUUUCAACCUCAGUCUGUUAAGGAGACUGAAAAGCUACAGAUAUGCAAUGUUGGUUCUAUGAGGAAAGAACAACGGAAUGACUUACUGGAAGAGAUAAAACAGGCCAGAGCCCUGGUAGUAACAAUGGAGUUUCAUGAUGGAUCCUCGCAGCUCAGUAAUAAAACGGUUUCAGCCUCGCCAGUUAAAGGGAUUAUUAUAUUAAUUAAAAAGCAGCCAAUACAUGUGUCCUUAGAGAUGAAAGCAGCUGAUGCCAGUGAAGAGAAAUAUAUUUAUAUAGCUACAGCAGAUGAUACUUUAUUGAAGAAAAAACAGGCCCCGAAAGAUUUUGUUUGGGAUUUGCUCUCACUUAUGCUGCAAACGAAUACAAAUGUUAUUUGCUUCAAUGCCAAAGACUUUCUACGGACAGUCUUUCUUGUUUAUGGGAAGGAAGAAAGCUGGAAAAGAGGUAUAAAAGGCAUUGUGCUGGACCCCAGAAUAGCAGCAUGGCUCUUAAAUCCAGCGGACUGUAACCCAUCAUUUGAAGAUUUAGUUUGCAAGUACUGCAAGAAUGUGGACAUAAAAACUGCUAGCAAAAUCUCAGAUCCUUUGCAUCAGAACACUUACACAAAUAUGAAUGUACUGUAUACUCUGAUGAUGAACAUACGCACUAAACUUCAGUUGGAAGGGUUAUGGGAGCUCUAUUGUACCAUAGAACUUCCGAUGACAGCAAUUUUGGCAGCAAUGGAAGUCAACAGAAUACAAGUUAAUCAGGAGGAGUUAAAGAUGACAUCUGACCUUCUAGGGGCUCACCUUAAACAACUGGAACGGGACGCACACCAUGUGGCAGGGCAGAAGUUCAGAAUAACCAGCAGCAAUGAAAUCAGAGAGGUGCUUUUUGAUAAAUUACACUUGCAUCUUCAAUGUACAACUAAGAAACUUCCUCGGACCAACCUGCGCCACCUUCCGUCCACUGCCGAAACCGUGUUGCUUCAACUUCAGGAUCUGCAUCCACUGCCCAAAAUUGUGUUAGAAUAUAGACAGAUACGAAAAAUUAAAUCAACUUAUAUAGACGGGCUUCUAUCUUGCAUGACCACGGGUGGCGGAGCUUGUGUAUCUCCAACUUGGAAUCAAACAGGAACAGUGAGCGGCAGACUUUCUGCAAACCAUCCUAACAUCCAGGGUGUUCCAAAGCUGGCAGUUCAGAUAGCAAAGCCGCAAUAUAUCCAAGGCAAAGACAAGGAAAUGAUCACCAUUAAUCCAAGGUCUAUGUUUAUAGCAGCCAAAGGCUUUACUUUCCUAGCAGCAGAUUUUUCACAAAUAGAACUACGCUUAAUGGCGCACUUUUCUUCUGAUCCUGAACUCCUAAGAUUAUUUGACAAGCCGGAAACCAUAGACGUUUUUACAAAACUGGCAUCACAGUGGAGAGAUGUAGAUCCUGAGAAUGUAACGCAAUUAGACAGAGAACAAGCAAAACGUAUAGUCUACUCAGUACUCUAUGGAGCAGGUAAGGAACGCCUUUCACAAAACCUGGGUAUCACACCAAGUGAAGCCAACACAUUUAUCGAAAGCUUUCUCAAAAAAUAUAAAGUGUCGGAGUUUGCUCAACAAAUUAUACAGCAGUGCCAGAAAACAGGAUUUGUGGUAUCACUAAUGGGUCGCAAAAGGCCCCUUCCACACAUCACAGCACAGGACUUCACUUUGAGAACACAGGCAGAAAGACAAGCUGUCAAUUUUGUCAUUCAAGGGUCCGCUGCCGAUCUGUGCAAAAUGGCCAUGAUUAAAAUCGCUGCAUCAAUAGCAUCCGCUUCGGCUUCAGCCUCCAGGAUUAUUGCUCAGAUCCAUGACGAGCUGCUGUUUGAAGUGGAGGAUGCACAAAUGCAUGAGUUUGCAGCUGUCGUUAGAGAAACCAUGGAGUCUGUACAGCACAUGAAAGGACUUCUUCGGCUAAAGGUCCCUUUGAAAGUGGCUCUGACCUCCGGCAAAUCCUGGGGGUGCAUGAGAGAAAUAGACGAGAAGAAGAAGAGCCUUUAGAAGGGUUAUUCAGCCAUUCCACCAACUCCGGCCUCCGCUGAUUCCCUGACAAAUCUCCAAGCAACCACCCGGCUGGAUCUUUCAUCAGCACCUAAUUCUCAGCAUAUAAAUUUCCUUUACUUCA